AGGUGACCGAACACGGUCCGGUGAGGAGACAGGAGAGGUUUAACAAUAUGCUGCCACUAGAUGGCAGCAUAUUAUAAAGGACACCUGUGCCAAACCGUUUCUUUCUUCGGUGGUAGGAAAUGUUCACAUAUAAAGCUUGAUCAACAAGCAUCGAUCGGUGCAUCAGAAUGUAGCUCUUAUAAUCGGGUUCUGGGGCCGCUGCAUCCUGAUUUAAGAAAAAAAAAAAAAAAAAAAAACUCUUGUUAACCUAUGUUGCGUUUUUCCUGAUUUCAUUCUGUAUAUGUUUGAUUCUGAUGAUAGCAUUAUUACAGAAUAGUUCCCUCCCAAAUUGCAGCUCUGAAAUUGGGUCAGAAGGUCGCAGUGGGUCCAAAGUUUCUGCAUAUUAACUGUCGUGUCCAACUUGGUCACCAGACUGUUGUCAUUCUGAUGACAAGUCUGGUCUCACCGGGUGAACUGCAGACAUGAGGCAUAGCUUUCCACUGAGGGAAGUUCGAGCACAGAAGAAGACACAAGCUGUCCAAAAUGUUUCAGACAUUGAUGAUAAUUGACAUAUGCACGUGGAGAUCUUUGCUAGAACCAAACUCCAAAUCACAGAAACAAUCAUAGUGCCACACGCUUAAGUGCAAACAAGCAAAUAAUACUCAUGGUACAAACAAUUCAUUAAGAAGAGGCCAAAUAUAUAUAUACAUUUAUAUAUGGGGUGAGAAAUGGGCGCUAUAAUGAAGGUUGGUGUACACGGUCCGAGCUUGCCAACUCAAGCCGCAACAUUAUGAGCGAGCAAAGGCUUUUAUCUUCUCCGAGUUCAUUUGUGUUUUGUCAUGUGCCACGGCUGACCUGAGCUCCCUUCAGCUGCCAGGCUGUGACCACCUGUUGGCCACCCCUGGUCUAAACCUGAAACAAAUCCAUCUGCCUUCUUUUUCGUGUAGCCGUGUCAUGAGUUUGACACGAAAGAUGACAAGGAGGUUGUAGUUCUCCCAAGUGUGCAACGCACUCCCGGUCGCCAACUUCAACAACACGAACAGUGAAAACGUCACUUCCUCUCCCUUCAAAAUAAAGUAUGACCCAACAGUAGGAUAUGCAUCACCUAUAACAUACAGGAGAAUACCUCACAUUAGUUUUACUCUUUUUAGUGAUUUACACAAAAUGUAUUUUCAUCACCUAUGAUAUUUACUGUUUUGUCAACGCUUAUAGAAUAACCAAAGACCAACACAAGAAGCAGGAUUAAAGGGCGAGCUUUGUGUGGAAAGAAUGUUUAACAGAAGUUGAUUGUUUUUUCAACAAACGUGUCAAAACAAACGAGCACAAAAGGUAACACUGUAAGAAAUGUACACCAACUACUGCGAGUCUCAUUGUCAUCUCGCUAAUAUGCUCACAGGAGAGGUAAGUAUGACAAAAGGGAGAAAAAGUUGAAAACGCGAUUAGCGAAAUCAUGUCAUGCUCAUGACUUUCCUUCGUGUCGAAUUCAUCCAAGGUUUGAAUUGGCUCGGUUGGGCGUGGGGCUGGGCUGGACUCGUCCAAUCAGCCUGCAGCUACACGCUCUCUGACCCGCCCCUCGCCUCAGAGACGCUCGCUGGUGUGGACACCUGUGAGAAGCUCGCAGGAACCAAGCAGCAAGUUGCCGCACAACUCUCCAGGAACCGACCCGACCCGCCCUAAACCCCCGCUCCGAUGGUGGCUGCCUGGGCUGCAGCCCGCAGGGGAGAACGGUGAAGCGCAGAGAUCGUGCCUCGAUGGAUUACGGAAGGACAAUGGCUCCUCCGGUGCCUCCGCACAAGCCUCAGCCUGCCCGCCUCGGGCUUCCGCAGGAGCGGCUGCUGAAGUGCGUCCUGCUCGGCGACGGAGCGGUGGGCAAGACCAGCCUGGUGGUCAGCUACACCACCAACGGGUACCCCACCAAGUACGUGCCCACGGCUUUCGACGACUUUUCGGCUGUGGUUCAGGUGGACGGAAACCCAGUGCGAUUGCAGCUGUGUGACACGGCAGGACAGGAUGAGUUUGACAAACUGCGCCACUUCUGCUACAAUCGCACGGACGCUCUGCUGCUGUGCUUCAGCGUGGUCAGUCCCGCCUCCUUCCAGAACGUGUGGGAGAAGUGGCUUCCAGAAAUCCGACGCCGGUGCCCCCUCACACCCGUCAUCCUGGUGGGAACGCAGUGCGACCUGCGACAGGACGUCAAAGUGCUCAUCGAGCUGGCGAGGCGGCGAGAGCUGCCCGUGGCGGAGGAGGACGCCCGAGCGCUGGCGGACAAAAUCGGGGCUGUCACUUACAUCGAAUGCUCGGCACUGACUCAGAAGAACCUGAAGGAGGUGUUUGACGCCGCCAUCUCUGUCGGGCUCCGGGAAUCUGACCGCAGGGCGCGGCGUGAGAGGAAGGUGAGGAACACGGCUGAUAAGAUGAAGACGCUCUCCAAGUCCUGGUGGAAGAAAUACGUCUGUGUUCAGUAGUGAGCCCAAGACCAGGGGAGAACUGUGCUGGGGUGUUGCUGAAGGGACGUCAAAAGCCCCAUUAGAAGGCCACAAAGAAACUCACAGCUGCACUGGUUGGAUUCUGCACACAGUCAGGUGCCAAACCAGAGCAGACACCUGGAGGCUGAAACCACUGUCUGCUCCCAGGAGUCACUUUGAACUGUGACCUUUUUUUGCCAAAAAUCAAGGACCUCACGAAGCCUUUUGCGAGCUGAUGGACUUCACAUUUUGCUACGCUUCUUUAACAGUGUGUGUUUGCCUCUGACGCUGAAGUUCAGACAAAACAUCUGAAGCGAUGGAAAGGAAACAGGAAUUUAAGAGCCACAGCUGCACCGUCCUUCCUAACUCACGUCAUCUGAUGAGCUUUCUUGGAUUUUCAGGACACCAUGUGGAUUUGAAUGUCUUAAUGAUAAUAUAUCCUUUAAGCCGCGGCGUGUAGAAAUGUAUCCACCUGUUUGCAUUAGAUCUUGGCCACCGGCAGGAACGAUACUGUCCGGAUGGUCGUCAGGACCAGUUGAUCAUAUAAACAAAUCUUGUUCUAUUGCACAGGUUUUUUUUCAUUCCGCUGUGCUUUGUUUGGUACGAGAUGUGUUUUUAAAGCAGCAUUUUCUAAAUCACUGCUUAAAUGAUCAAAUGGGUGGUGCCACUGAAAUUGCACUUAUCAUCACGCUGUUGCAUCAAACCUCUGUGGGGGACAACAGGGUGUCAGAGCAGAUCACUGGUGAGUCGGCUGCUUGUCAGCUCAGUUGAGGCCUGAACUAGAUUUCUACCUGCACAGCACGUCAUUUCCCAAAUCAACGGCAAGUGAGGUGAAAACGCCAAAGAUGCUAUGUUUGCUUCUUAUUUUUCAGAAGCCUGUGGCCUGACUUUAGAUCUGCUCCCCUGGUGGAGCGAUCAACGGUGGGGCAGCAGAGAGGUGUGAGUGCCUUGUGUAGUUCCGUGUGUUACAUGAUCAUUUAUGUGGGUCCAACUCUGUGCCCACGUCAAGUGAGCUGGGACAUUACAAGACAAUAA